AUCUUUUACAACGCUUCAUUUACGUGCAGGAGUUUCUUCAACGCUUUGCUUUUAAAAUUAAGGUACAUCUGCCUUCCGUGCACCUGAUUUUAAGCUCUUCCCAAAUCUGGUAUCAAGGGCGGCUCAAGUCUGGGCCAUGUGUCAAAACUUGGGACAGGCAACUGUCUGCGCGACCUGCCAUUUUGUGCUCCGGAUCGACCCUCACUUUUGAGUGAAAGGCACCAGCCUCAGCUUCCCGGCGAGCUGUACGGAUGUCUGAAAUUUAAUAGUAAAAUCGGAAGCAUUUUUACAAGAGAGCGGCGAAUGCAUCCUGAAGGGGAAAACACAAGACAGGUCGUGCGGGAAAACACCUGUUCAUGCUUCCAGCGAUCGUUCGCAGGCAACACUUCUUCAUAACACUUGAAUUUGUUCAGUGGUCGAGGUGGGUGGUGGGGGAUGUAUCAUUUUACACGUGUAUGUCUAUUAAUCCCUAGGCCAAAAUCAUUCUAGUGGUGUCACAUCUCACUUUAAAAGUCAAAUGAGUUGAGUUGCAAGUCAGCGAAAGGUCUUGCACAAAGUCAUUUAGUAGUUAGUACUUUUCGGAAAAGCAUCUGUUUAAGCAGGUGAAUGAUGAAAAUAGCGGUUAAUAUGCAGGUAUCCAUCUCCCCAUCUGUUGCAGCCAUGCACAUUAGCGGGACCAACAUAGGGCAGCGAAACAAUAAUGGGAAUGCAGUGUAUUUAUUUCCUACGUCAUUAUGUUCAUUAGAGAGCGCCAAGCCGCUGUCUACACUAACACUGACAAUCUGUAUCUAUCUUUAAACAAGUGCAGUAAAACGGAUCCGCUUGCUUGAAGUAGUUGCGAGGCUGGGUUUUGUAAGUCGGGGGGAGGAUGUAGCGGCGCUCGCUAUAUUGUUUAACGGUUCUUGCGGGGCUUUGACUGUUGUGUGUGGGAUAGUGGCGAGUGUAUACGUGAUUUGUCAGCUCUCUGGGUGCUACUUCUGUACAAAUGCGCAUGAUAGAGUGCACGGAAUUUCAACAGCGAUCGCGCCUUGAAUCCCCCCGGGGCCCUUCGUAAAGUCUCAGACACCACCCUUUCAGAGCUCUCUCCUCCUGAAUGUCUUAACUGCUCCCAGCCACGAGGGAAAAGGGGUCGCUUUCUCCGGGCCGAUCCCCGCCGUAGGGUCGGCUGCGCACGGUUUUAAUUAAUUUCAAGAGACAUGACUUGAAACGUAACGCUGACGUCGUAUUGUAAAUCUCCCCCCAGUGCAGUAUUGUGUUGAAGCAUACUGUACAUCAUCGUAUUAACAAUCAUCUCUUUAGCCUCUUACAUUACAUCUUACGAAACUUGUCGUGCCUAAAGGUGAAGUCAUGCGGAGGGGGCCGUGCAUGGUUUAAGGUUACUUGCUAUGACAGAUCAUCAUUGAUUUGAGGGGAUGCAAAGAUCUGGGAUUUGAACAUUGGCAUGAUCAUUGCCAGAGCUCCUCUCUGAUCGUCUUGCAAGACAUAAAAUUGGGAAGAACACCCCUGUCAAAAGCCUUUCAGUGCAAAGCAAAGCUUUUUAAUCACUGGUGUUUUCCAAAGCAAGUCCUAAAACAAGUAUGCAGUUCAUUUGCUAAGGAAUGGAGGAAGCAAGUUUGUGCCUUGGUGUAUCUUCAGCAGUGCCUGAAGCUGAUGUCCAGCUCAGCAAACCAGUACUAAAUGGCCAGUAUCCAAUAACCCAGAAGUUGCAUCAGCUGACAACACAACUGGGACAUGCCUUUCCAGAACUCCAGAGCAGACAAAACCCUGAGGAGAAAGCAGCAAUUGGACUGGAGGAAAAACGCCACCCAACGGUGGCUAACCAGCCAAUCAGCAAUCAAAUGACCUUGCUGGCAAAUCAGCUGAAUACAGAUGUUGACACUAAUUUAGGUUUAAACGGGAGAGUUGACUUACAGCACUUCUUAAAUGGACAGAACCUUGGGAUAAUUUCACAGAUGAAUGGCACAGAAGAUGAUGCAAAAAAAUCCAGGAAGUACCCAUGCCCCAUUUGUGGUAAGCGCUUUCGGUUUAACAGCAUUUUGUCUCUCCAUAUGCGUACUCACACUGGGGAGAAACCAUUCAAAUGUCCUUACUGUGAUCACAGGGCAGCUCAGAAAGGCAACCUGAAGAUUCAUCUCCGCACUCACAAACUUGGGAAUCUUGGGAAAGGUCGUGGGCGGGUCAGAGAGGAGAACAGGCUCCUGCACGAGCUGGAGGAGAGGGCCAUCCUGAGGGACAAACAGAUGAAGGGUGGCCUUGGCCAGCCUAGGGCUGAUGGGAAACCACACCAGGCUAUCGUCAGCUCCAGCAGCUUGCCUUUACCAGCCAGCCAGAGUAACUCCGAUGCCUCAAAUCCAAUCUGCAGCCCCAAGCCCACCGGCACGCAAGAAGAGCCAGCAGCAGCCACCGUGGGAUUCAGGUGCACCUUCUGCAAGGGGAAGUUCAAGAAACGCGAGGAGCUGGACCGUCAUAUCCGGAUACUCCACAAACCUUACAAGUGCACUCUUUGUGAGUUUGCUGCCUCUCAGGAGGAAGACUUGAUCAGUCACGUAGAGAAAGCCCACAUAACGGCGGAGUCAGUGCCAGGUCAGGGCUCAAGUGGCAAUGGAGAACAAACCAGUAAUGAAUUUCGCUGCGAGGUCUGUGGCCAGAUUUUUAGCCAGGCUUGGUUCCUGAAAGGCCAUAUGCGAAAGCACAAGGACUCUUUUGAGCAUUGCUGUCAGAUCUGUGGGCGGCGAUUCAAGGAGCCCUGGUUUCUCAAAAACCACAUGAAGGUCCACCUCAACAAACUGGCUGUAAAGAAUCCAUCCCAGAGUGAUCCGGAGAUACCUGAGAAUCUAAACAACAUGGUGCAAGAUUCCCACUCAAAUGUGUAUUCAGCAUACGUAUCUUGUUUACAGAGUGGUUUUUUAUCACCCAAUAAAUUGAGCUUAACUGAACAAAGCCAGCUUCAUUACAAUAAAGCAGAAGUUGCUCGGAAGGAGAAGGAGAUGCUCGGGAAGCUAUUAGUACCUGUGAGCAGCACGGCCCGAGGCGUCGUGGAAGGGGACAAGCGCUCUUUAUUGGGAUGUUUGACCCUGGCGCCUCCUUUAAAGGCCAGCUGCAUGGAGCGUUUGCAGGCGGUAGCCCGCGUGGCCGAGUUUGAUCCGGUAAACAGCUACCAGGCCUGGCAGCUAGUGACAAGAGGAAUGAUGAUGGAGCAGGCUGCUCUGCCCAAGAAGCACCUGCACCCUGGUCAGGAUGAAAACCUGCUCAGCGCAGGCUCCAGUGGUGACAAGGACAAAGGAGAAUUUGUCUUUGCAGCUGGAGAUAAAUUGAAACAGAAACUAGAAGGGGACCUGAUUCAAAACCCGAAAAGAACCAACAUUAAUGACAUUUCUGGUAAAGACGAUCUAAUAGGAGGCAGGGAAUUCAUGGCACAAGGAAUGAAUCAGGGGUUGGAGUAUAAAAUUACUGGAUUAGGACAGAACCAUGGAACAAUGAAAGAGAAGCCCACUGAAUGCCCAGACUGUGGCCGAGUGUUUAGAACCUAUCAUCAGGUUGUUGUCCAUUCCAGAGUGCACAAGAAGGGAAGGAAACCUGGAGAUGAAGGAGUCCAGAGUGCUUUAGAUGAACGGCGUGGAUCUGGAAGUGAUCAAGACUCCCAGUCUGUGAGCCGGUCAACCACACCUGGAUCGGCCAAUGUAACAGAGGAUAACGUGGCAGCAGGAGGCUUUGCUGUGGCAGGAAGUACACAGGAAGAUAGUCCAAAUCCAUCGUCUCCAUCUUCAGAUGUAGGAGAGGAAUUGGGAAGGCCUGCAGGAAUACAACAGCCUUCUUUACUGAGGGAUCGUGCCCAUGGAUCAGCCACCCGGGAUUGUCCCUACUGCGGUAAAUCGUUCAGAACUUCCCACCACCUGAAGGUCCAUCUGCGAAUACAUACAGGAGAAAAGCCGUAUAAAUGCCCUCAUUGCGAUUAUGCUGGAACCCAGUCAGCGUCUCUGAAAUACCAUUUAGAACGUCACCAUCGGGAGCGGCAGAAUGGAACAAGCCCGCUGCCAGGGCAAGCUCACACUCGUCAGGAGCAUUCUGAAGAGCCAGUAAGCAAAAGCCAGAUGUUUAUCAGACCAGAGAUAUUGAGAGGAGUUAUGAAAGGUGUGCCUGGAACUGACCUAAGGAGUAGCUUGACUCCUCAGCAGUGGCCAGUAGGAGUCCUUUCUCCUGCAGAUUGCCAAGGUCAUGGGCCCAGUGUAACAUCAGAGCAGCAAUCUGAAAACCUGAAAAUUACUUCGGAGGUUUCUGCUGAGGAAACUCCAAGCCUUUCUGAUCUAAGCAGAGCUUUUCAAAGUCUUGCUGGAAAUGGAGUCAACUUUCAAGGGUCCUUGCAAGCAUUUAUUGACACCUUUGGACUGAGAUCCUUGGAGAAAGAGAAAGAAAUGUUGGCAAGAGUGUAUGGUGAAACAGCAAGCCUAAGACAGUCUAACUCAAAGCUAACACUAGAGAAAGUCACAAAGAAUGCCGGCUCUGAAGAUUGUGAAGGAAGGGUUGAAAAUCAGUCUUCCGAAGAAAAAUCAGCUGUCAAAUCUCGGUCAGCUGCAGAAAAAUCCCAGUAUGAACCUUUAGACUUGUCUGUAAGACCUCCAUCACAGGACUCUGUUUCAAUCCCUGGUGCAACGACUACCACUCAGGAUAACAUUACUUGGCAUGGGUGUCUUUUCUGUUCCUUCACGACAUCGUCAAUGGAACUAAUGAUUCUUCACCUUCAAGCAAACCACCUGGGAAAAUCAAAACGAAAAGAAAAUCUUUCUGGAACAGCUGGAAUUGGGAAUGACCUUCGAGGGGAGGCUUCAUCUGUUGCAAAGAAAACCUGUUUGUCUAUUUCUCCUGUUGUUGCCAAGAAAGAUAUAACAGCAAAACUACUUGACAAGGCAGAUUCCUCUCCUGAAAAAAUAUCUUCACAAGGGCAAUCUAGUGAUUCUGUGGGAGAUCACAAGAAGUCUUAUAUUAAUCCCAUAGAUUCCAGUCUGAGUUCUCUGGUGACAGACUUUUACAAACAAUUUCACAAAUACUCAACUGGUGGCAACCCAGGAACAUCUGUCUUGGGCGCUGCCCAUGAAAAUGAGCUGAAAUACCUUCCAGCAAAUUCACUGAAUCUUGUUUCACCAGGGACUACAAGCAUGAGUCCCUCUGGUGAAGCAGGUAAUCAGCCAUUUAGUGAUGAUACAGGGUCUGUAAACGAGCAAGAUGCAGAUGAUCAAGAAGCAUUAGUUGACACAAACCGACCAUCAACCUCGGAUGAAGAAACCUCUGAUGAAGAAGAUCUAAUUCACAGUACAGCUCUUUCACAAGGUUCACAGAGUCUUCUGAGUUCCAUGGGUAAACACCAAGGUGGACCUUGGCACAAUUUAAAUCUUCUGCCAUCUCACAAUAUUCCACCUGGGCAGACCCAUGACCACCAACCUGUGGACCAGCAAAUGAACAUGCUGUCAGUUCUGAGAGCUUACAGCACAGACAACAUGGCAGCUUUCAAUGGUAUUGGAAAUAGUUCAUCCAGCAGUAGCAACACUACUAAGAGAGCAGAUAUAUCAGGUUUGGGGAAGACACAAGGCAAACACAAUGAGUUUCCAUGCAAGGAAUGUGGUAAAGCCUUUACCCAGCCCAGCCACCUUAAGACCCAUAUGAGGUCACAUACAGGCAUCCCAGCUGACAGGAAAAUUUUCGGAAUCAAGAUGCAAGCAGCUGCAAAUGAUGGGAACCGGAAAUAAAAAAAAAGCAGAAAAUAUUGGAAAUACUCAGCAGGUCACAGGCCUUUUCAGUGCAGAUACUGCCCAUACAGUGCCUCUCAGAAGGGGAACCUGAAGACUCAUGUUCUGUGCGUGCAUCGUAUGCCUUUUGACAACAGCCAGUACCCAGAUCGUAGGUUCAAACGC